AUAACAGUUUAAAUCAAAAAUUCAUGAUUUUUUACUGAAAAAAUGCCUUUAGACACCCUCCAGCCAUGCAGAAUCUGUCGAAAAUCCACAAAAACACAAGAAAUGCAUUUUUUAACGGAUGUCAAACUAAAAUCUAUGGUCGAAACAAUUUGUGGAAUCGCCGUUCUCGAAGAAGACUUUCUUUGUCACGGAUGUGUAGAAACCAUUUCAAGCUCCUGGCGACUCAGAGAACUUGCCCAAAGCACCCCAAUCAAGACUGAAGUAGAAGAGGAAGAAGAAUCCGAUGAAUAUGAAGCCAUUGAAAUCGUUCAAGACGACGAAAGUUUACAAGAAGAUGCAUUUAGCGACGAUGUCGUAAUCGAACAACCGCAAAACAUCGAAGUUGACGAGGAAUAUUUGCGAGAACGAAAGAUAGCUGCGAAAAAAACAGUUCAAUGCACCAAAUGUCGAAGAACAGUGAAGGAAAUUUAUCUAAAAGAUCACGAGGAGAAAUGCACCGGACGAGUGAGGAGGUAUAAAUGCACGGAAAAAGGCUGUGAUAAGCAAUUCUGUCGACCGCAAUCGUUAAAAGUUCACAUGAACUUGAAACAUUUGGACAAAAAACCGUUUGAAUGUGAUUUUUGCGGCGGAAGAUAUGUCACGAAAGACAGUUUGAAAGCUCAUAUGGUGAAGCAUCAAUCCGAAAGAAAUGAAGAAUGUUUCGUCUGUGGAGCGAAAUUCAAGUCAAAAUUGAGUCUCUAUAAGCAUCGAAUAGUUCACGAAACGAAAUAUGUCUUUUGUUCCAUCUGUAAUGCCAAAUUCAAGAGCAAGUAUGAGUGCAACUAUCACGAAAGAAUCAAGCAUUUAGGUCAAAAAGUACAAAAAAAGAAACCAAGUACGACUUUUAAUUGUGACGAAUGCAGUCGCGUGUACAAAACUAAUGACUCUCUCAAACGUCACAUAAUCCGAGUUCAUAAGAAAAUAAAAGAUUUUCUCUGUUUCGUCGAAAAUUGUGGAGCACGUUACGGUUAUCACAGCAGCUUAAAGAAACAUCUCCAAAGAGUUCAUCCCGAAAUUGACUUGAAAGGCAGGAAAUUAGUGCCAGAUUCGAGUGCAAAGUCAGAUGAGCCCAAUAUUAUCGUGACAGUGAAGAAGAGUUAAAAAUAAAUUUUAUUUAUUUUAUUAAAAAAAUUUCUAUUGCUCCUUGCCGCCUUUGGCAGAGUCCUUGACGUUAAAGUUCGGAACUCGGUUCGGUUUUCCCAAAAUUUUGGCAGCUGGCU